AACUCGCAACCAAAGGGGCCCAAAUUAUCGGUUUGAAAAAAAAAGCAGUUCAACACUUCUCCAGCUUUUACGACAAACAGUGGUUUUUGGUGGAAAAACAAAAAGAGCAACAGAAAACGGUAGAAUUAUGAACCCAUGUAAAUCAGUGAGGGCUGCGGUUUAUGGGCUAUUAGUAUUGAUCGUUCACAGCGUGGUUGUGAUAAGCGCGGACUUUUCCUACGAUGACCCCGAUCGCUGGGCGGAAACAGAUCCCGCUUGCGCUGGAUCACGCCAGAGUCCGAUCGACAUUGUACCGAGUACUACCGUGGCAGCAUCCGACGAUGAGCAAUCGUUGAAGCUGCACGGUUUCUACCGAAAACCCGUAUCGGGUAGAGAACAAUGGACACACGGCACAGUAUACGUUCGUCUGGAGCAAGGACAGCCACCGACCGACCGUUACGGGUGGCCCAUUGCACCGAGACCUGUACGCAUUCGAACAUUCCACUUCCAUUGGGGUGCCGAGGAUGACCGUGGUUCGGAGCAUACGUUCGAUGGUCAAGCCCUAGCGCUGGAAGUGCACUUUGUCUUUUUCAACCGGGAAUACGGUACGUUCGAGAAGGCCGUCGAGCAACCGGAUGGUUUGACCGUUCUGGGUGCGCUUUACAACGUUCGAGGAGACAAGGCCAAAGGCGAUGCCAAGUGGGCACGACCGCUACCUAAGAUACGGGAUGCCGGCUCAGCGACCACCGUGGAAGGGAAGGACGUAUUCAGUUUGAGCGAGGUGGCGGGAGGCGAGUGGGAACGAUACUAUUCCUACCCGGGCAGCCUCACGACACCGCCCUGCGCCGAAAGUGUAACCUGGAUUGUGCGCAAUGGAUCGAUCCCGGUGGCGCCCAAGGAUCUGCGCGCACUGCGGAACCUGCUCGACUCGAACGGUGAACCACUGGUCGAUAACUUUCGUCCAGUGCAACCACUCAACGAUCGUACAGUCACGCGCUACGGAUUCUAAUUACCUCCGCACCCACCCACCCACCGACCACCACCGAACCUGGACUUGGACCUGGAGCUACGGCACAAACGGCACUAAUCAUUCCUGGCUGGCGAGACCGCGAAGCAUAUGAAGCACUAUACCGAAACGAUUGGAAUUCCGCCGCCAGCUGGACUCAUGCUCACGGAUAUGAAUGAUUCUAAGUCCGAUGGCGGAAGGGUAGGACACCCCAAAGGUGUCUUAGAUCGUUUCGCCUGCAUGGAGAACGCGGAGAUAAACUGGUUAUGGUCGGGUCUCUGUUUCCUUCUUGUGUGCGGUGUAUGUAUAAAGGGUGCGGUGGAGGUCACUCAUGGUGGGAGUGGCAACGGUGAGGCGGCUUUCGUUUCACGGUCAUCUAUUAAUCAACAGUUUUCGGACAGCCAGUGUGGGAGCUCGACAGAAAGGCGUGUCCAUGCUGCUACACUCUCUGAGCUUCGCCUUUCUACUAGUGUCCAGUUACUAGAACGGACGAGCAAGAGUGCAGAAAGUUGGGAGAAAGAAGUACUGUUAUUUUUGGGGCAUUAUGAAAACUAUCAAUAAAAACAUUUUGGUCAUUUUGUUGGUAAA